AUGACAUACAUAAAUACCAGCGCCCCAACAAAACACAUCAUCAAGCACACCUACGCCCGAAAGAAAAAGGCCAACAAGAACACCAACGCCCAAACAAAAGAGAUCAACAAAAACACCAGCACCCACACAAACGAGGCCAAUAUGAACACCAACAUCCAAACAAAGGACACGAACGAGGGCACCGACUUGUACAAGACGAUGGUUGACGACUUAACAGAGGCUGUCCCUUUAAACGACAAGGAUCCCGAGCGCGCUCUCGGCACCACCGACCCUUAUACGAUGACCACCGAACACGCCAAACUCUACAAAAAGUUGAUCCGCGACGUGACAGAGACCGUCCCCACAAACGACAAUGUCAUCGAAACAGCUCAAUGCAGAAUGCUGACAGCAGCCUACCACGACGACCUUUCGGCCCGUCAUAUGGCAUACCGCUCCUGGUACGGAAAGAAGACCAUCAAGAAAUCCGACGACGUCGUGAUCGCACAGCUUUCUACCGAUAUCAUGGACCGUCUGGAGACCAUCAUUCGCAACGCCACCGACCCCAUCUCUAUCAUCUUCUACAAUACAAUGAAGGGCGAAUACUACCACCACAUGGCUGAGUACCUGACCGACCACGACGAGAGAAAGAAAGCAAUGUACCAAGACCAGGCCUUGUUUAACUUCAUGACCGCCAAGGAAUCUGCAACAUCCUCCGGCAUGAGCGUCAACGACCCGAUCUACCUUGAACUACACAUCAGCCUUGCCAAACUUUACCACCUUAUGAGGCUGUAUCGUUCUGCGCGCUUGACCAACAGCUUGGCUUACUCCGCCGCAUGCAAAUGUAAGGAUCAGCUGGAUGAGGAGGGCUGCAAGCUGUCGGCGGCCAUUAUUGAGCGUAUGCGAAUAAUGAAUAAUCGCUGGAUUGAUUAUAUGAUCACGGAUUUGCAGUACUGA